CACUCGGCAUUUAGACAAGCUCUCCCAAGAAAUUAGGUUCAAAAUCUCGAUAAAUUUAACCUUAACAUUAAAUAUACUAAAUUUGAAAUACAUUUAUUCGGUCCCAGCACUCAACAUGAAGUUCUACCCUGAUGCAGACGUCUGGUUCUUCGUGGACAAGCCCAGCUGCAUGAACAGCUACCAAAAGUACCCGUCCAAGCACAGCUGGAAGGUUCGCGACAAGACCAUCGCACGGGAGAUGCACUACUGGCGCGACAUCGAGGGCGUGAAGAAGACGGAGAUCAAGCUCAAGGACCUGUACUUUACCAACUGGCCCAAGAGUCGCAUCCGACCACAGGCCUGUUUGGGCCUUCUGUAUGCCACUGGAAAUCGCUUCAUCCGCCUCACCAAGGCGCCUCCGGCCGGAUUCAAGUGCGCCCCGAUGCCCGUUAACUUGGCCACCGCCCGAAUUGUCAAAGUGGAGCUGCGCAAGAAGGCCAAGCGAGACAGAUUGGCAGCGAAGAAGGCUAAAAAGGAAGCGAAGAAGGCCAAGAAAGCCGCCAAGAAGGGAAAAGGAAAGGCCGGAAAAGGCGGCAAGGACGAUCUUAAGCCGAAGGUCAUAAGAACCUAUGAAGACGCAGAAAAAGCAUGAACAUCUAGGCACAUUUACGUGAUUUCCGUCCGUUCAAUAAAAUUCUAGUGGAAAAUAAGGUUGCAGAUCAGAAA